UCUACUAUCCUAGCUAUAGCAAUCUCAUGUCAUAGAGAGAUCAAUCAGAAUGGCGGCGGCCGGCGGCAGCAGCAGCAAGAGGACGUGGGUGGUGGACGUGGAGAAGAAGCUCAAGGAAGCUGACAAGUCGGCGGAGGUGUUGCCGUGGGAGCGCCACUGCAUCUACCGCGUGCCACCCUGCAUUACCAACAUCAAGAGCAAGGCGUACCAGCCGCAGGUGGUGUCGCUGGGCCCCUUCCACCAUGGCGACCUUGACCUGAGGCCCAUGGAGGAGCACAAGUGCCGGGCGCUGCGGCAGCUGCUCCAGCGCGCGGAGCGGACCUUUGACGAGCUCGUCGACGGCGUAGAGGACAUCACGGAGCAGCUGCAGGGCGCGUACAUGGACCUCGACGGCGAGUGGCGCGGCGGUGGCAGGGAGCGGUUCCUGGCCAUGAUGAUCUUCGACGGCUGCUUCCUGCUGGAGGUCAUGAGGUGCACGGCCGCCGACGGGAAGCAGGUCAGCGACUACGCACAUAACGACCCGAUCUUCAGCCCCCACGGGACACUCAACAUGGUGCCCUACAUCCGGCGAGACAUGCUCAUGCUUGAGAACCAGCUACCUUUACUCCUGCUCCAGAAGCUCGUUGAGGUUGAAAGUGGAAAGCCUCCGAACAACGACUUCAUCAACCGAAUGGUGCUGGAAUUUCUAGCCCAAUCAUCCGGCCCAUUUCCACCAGGCACCGGCCUAGGGCUCCACCCACUAGAUGUCUUUCGCCGGAGCAUGCUCACUGGUAAGUGCCAUCAAAUCUGGAGCCCCCAGGACAUUGAGGAGGACAACGUCAUCAUCCGGUCAGCACUGAAGCUCUACGAAGCCGGGAUUCAGUUCAAGCCGAGCAAGACGUUGAGCCUGCACGACAUCCAGUUUCGGAGCGGCAUGCUGAGCAUGCCGACAGUGUCGGUGGACGACUCCACCGAGUACAUGUUCCUCAAUGUGAUGGCGUUCGAGCGGCUGCACGUCGGCGCAGGCAACAACGUGACUGAUUACAUCUUCUUCAUGAACAACAUCAUCAACUCGGCCAAGGACGUGGAGCUGCUGAGCUCCAAGGGUAUCAUCCAGAACGCCAUCGGUAGCGACCAGGCCGUGGCCAAGCUGUUCAACACCAUUUCCAGGGAUGUGAUGCUCGAUCCCAACAGCCCGCUCGACGCCGUGCAACGGCAGGUGAACAGCUACUUCCGGAAGCCGUGGAACAUUAGGCGCGCCAACCUCAUCCACACAUACUUCAGGAGCCCAUGGGCGUUCCUCUCCCUCGCCGCCGCCAUCUUACUCCUCGGCAUGACCAUCAUGCAGACCAUCUACACAGUGCUGCUGUUCUACAGGGACGACAACAGCAGCCCGCCGCCAUCGGCACCAUCUCCCAUCUGAUCUAGCUGACCACAAAAACUUCCUGUAGUAAUAACUAAGUACCUGCUACUCUAUCUUGCUGCAUGAAUUCGUUUGCUUUAUGUUCGAGUUUUUGUUGUUAUUGUACAUUGUCAAGCACUCAAGCCUUUUGAGUUAUCUGCACUGUAAAACAUAGAAGAUCGAAUGUGUCAUAUUUGUGACUUUGUGUUGUGUUC